UUAAACAGGGUGUCUACUGACCGGGAAAUUCGGGAAAUUCGGGAAUUGUACAUGAGUUUCACAACCCGGGAAAAAAACGGGAAUUGUACAUGAUUUUUGCUUAGUGUACGGGAAUUUUUUUUCUUUGCUCGUGCAAUUUUCAAAGUGUUUUCACUUUUAAAUAUAUCUCAAUACAGAAGCCUUCGCACAGACCAAUAAGAUUUAUGUCAGUUGCUUGAUCAGAAGUCCAAGAACGGACUGAUAAUUUUAGCUAAAACAUACUAGAGACUCGUAAUUGCUUUAGCUUCUAAUGCACGUCAAUCCGUACUUCGGUCCAGAGAUGUGAGGGGAAUAUUAAGAAGAAUUUGCUGGCGACACUGUAUUUUCUCUCGCUCUGUUUUUCAUUUCGUCAGUAGUUUCAACGUCUCUAGUAAUUCACUUUGUUGUUUACCUACCUAAUCAGGGCUUACUGCGUAAUAAUUUACUUUUUUUUCUCUUUAAGGAUGCCUUAGUUUUAUGUUGCGUGUGUUUACCUAAUCAGUGCUUACUACGUAAUAAUUUACGUUUUUUUCUCUUUAAGGAUGCCUUAGUUUUAUGUUGCGUGUGUUGUUUACCUAAUCAGUGCUUACUGCGUAAUAUUGUACGUUUUUUAUUCUUUGAGGAUGCCUUAGUUUUAUAUUGCGUGUUUUUUGAAGCGGAUUUGAAACAUACGUGAUUCCUUUAUACUUGCCUCAAUGGCUAGGCGUAUUCGAGGAAGAAAUUCAUUUCAACCACAAUGGAAGGAAGAAUUUCCAUGGCUGCAAGAAGUCGAUGGAAGCAAUCAUUCUGCCAGGUGUUCAGUCUGUAGAACUAUUUUCUCGGUUGAGUCCAUGGGAAGAACAGCUGUUGUCAGUCACUCAAGUGGUAACAAACACAAACUUAGAUUAAGUAGCUCUGAGAAGUCCACCUCUCUUGACACGUGGACUACAAAAGCCGGUUCAGUUCAUGUGGCAACUGCAGUAGCAAAUGCUGUAGCUGAAGCUUCCUCUGUGUCUUCACUAUCGAAGCUCCCUUCAUUAGGUUUGGGCUCUACUGUUGCUAGCAGUUGUGAAGUUUCACAGGUAGGGCACCAAGUAAAACAGCAUACUGUAUCAACCAACCGUGGUUUAAGUAGUUAUCUUAAAAGAGAUGAAGUCACACGUGCUGAAACAUUGUGGUGCCUCCAAACAGUCAUGAACCACGAUUCCCUCAGAGGAGCUGCUAGUAGUGUUAGCCUCUUCAAAAGAAUGUUUCCGGACGAUUAUAUUGCUAACAGCAUGCAACUUCAAAAAGAUAAGAUUUCCUAUGUUAUAGUAUAUGGUCUAUCUCCUUACUUCCAUAGUGAACUUAAAACUCGCAUUAACAGUUGUGACUUUUUUAGCUUGGGUUUUGACGAAAGCAUGAAUAAAGUAGCACAAAAGCAACAAAUGGAUUUGUCUGCAAGAUUCUGGGACAUUUCACAAAACAGAGUAUGUUCUCGUUAUGUAACAUCAGUGUUCCUGCAUCACACCACUGCUGAAGAUCUUCUUAAAGCUAUAAAAGCAGGCCUAGAAAAUUUGGAUUUUUUGAAGAUCAUUCAAUUGUCGAUGGAUGGUCCUAAUGUAAAUUUCAAAUUAUUGAAACUUUUGGCUGAAGAUACCCGAUCUUUUCCAGAUGCUCCACAAUUUCUUGACAUUGGAUCUUGUGGACUGCACACUGUUCAUAAUGCAUUUAAGACUGGUAUCAAGAAGACUUGUUGGGACAUAAUGGAGUUCUUCAGAGCUUUAUACUAUUUGUUCAAAGAGGCUCCGGGUCGACGAGGCGACUAUACACAGGCCUCUGGAUCUAAUGUGUUUCCUCUGAAGGUAUGCUCAAUCCGCUGGGUUGAGAAUGGAAGAGUAGCAAAAAGAGCUAGGGAAAUGUUGCCACAUGUUGACAAAUACAUAAGUUCAGUUAAAGGCACAGCCAAGGAACCAACAUGCCGUAGUUUUUCAACAGUUUCAAAGGCAAUUAAAGAUAAUCUUCUUACAGCUAAAAUAGCUUUUUUUGAGGGACUGGCUGAAAAUGUGGAGGAAUUCUUAAAGGAAUUCCAAUGUGAUGCUCCAAUGGCACCAUUCCUCUAUGAUGCUUUAACAGUUUUAGUGAAGCAUGCUAUGACGAAAAUUGUCAAGAAGAAUGUUCUUGAGAGUACUUCUCUUCAAAAAAUAGACGUUUUGAAGCAAAAUGAGAGCAAUUCAUUUAUCUGUCUUAAAGACAUUAAAAAUGUUGACCUUGGUUAUGGGACAAGGUUAGCUUUGGGAAAGUGCAAGAACGUCUCCGAAAAAGAUAUUUUACUCUUUCGUAAAGAUUGUCGCACUGCUCUACAGCAUUUUGUAGUAAAACUAAUGCAAAAGUCUCCUCUGAAAUAUCCUUUGACCAAAGCAUUAAAUUGUCUGAACCCGUGCCACAUGUCUACAAAUGCUGAUGCUUGCAAACAACUUACAUCUGCUCUUGAAAUUGUUCUUAAAGCAAAUCUUUUUUCUGCUACCACAAUAGAAAGGGCUGACCGUGAGUACAAGGUUCUGUGUUCACAACCACUUGUAAUGGAAGAUCUGAAGACAUAUUCACGAUCCGAGACUCGACUGGACGCGUUCUGGAUGAAGUUGAUAGAUGGUAAAAAGGAGUAUGAAAACCUCGUUCCAGUAGUUAAACUUCUCCUAACCGUAUCACAUGGGAAUGCACCCUUAGAGCGUGGAUUUUCUGUAAAUAAAGAGAUUUUAGUAGAAAAUAUGAAAGAAACGUCUGUCAUUGCACAGCGUCGUAUUUAUGACCAUGUAACCUAUGAGGGUGGAUUGAUGAAACUUGACAUUACAAAACCCAUGAUUCUUUCAGUAAGAAAUGCGCAUUGCAGGUAUACAGAAGCACUCAAUGAACAACGACAAGCGAACGCAGAUGCUAUGAAACUUUCGGAGGCAAAUAAACGUGCUGCUGCUGAGCUUCGAGAGCUUAAGGAGAAGAAAAGGAAGUUGAUUGAGGAUGCUGAACGAGAAGUGUCCAUCAUCAACGAACGUGUUAAGGAGCUGCAGAAAUAAGUACCAUAACUUACUUAGAAUUGAAAUCGAGUUUUCGGACUAUUGUGGACCUGUGAAAUAAUUUAGUCAUUUACAAAAAAUUGAAGGCUAGAAUUUAACUUUUCAUAAAAAUUGUAUUUUUGUGUUAUCAAUGGUGUAAUGUAUAAAAUAUUACAAGGUCACUUAUGUUUUUAUCAUAAUUUGUUUUGAAAAUAGUGUCGUGUAGUGUGUUUAUAUUGUUUGUAUAAAUGUCACAGUGUUGAGGCAGAAGUGUUAUAAGGUAUACAGCUGAACUUUAUCAGGAUACGUUACUAAAAGGGUUGUUACCACGGACAGGUUUUCAAAUAAACCUUUUAAGACCAAGUGUUCAGGCAUGUGUAUGUAUGCUUGCAUAUGUUUGUAAAUUUUGUUUAAUCAUCUUUAUUUUUGUAAAUCUUCUGAAUAUCUUUGCAAAUUAAAUUUUUGAAACUUAGAAAUUACUAUAAUUUAGUUUCUGUUAUGUUAGUAAAGUGCAAAACUUUUGUACAGGAAUUUUCUCAGAAGUGUACAGGAAUGUACAGAAAUUGUACAGGAAUUUUGCUAGCUCAGUUUGGUAGAC